AUGGCAAAGAACAUCGACUCUUUCGAACAACUUACGACCCGAAUCGGACGUCUGCGGAUGAGAAGAUGUGGUCCAACACCAGCUUUGACUAUCUUCGUCGCUUACGCUCCAACAUCAAGCUACAAAGGAGAAGUCGAAGCUUUCUAUAUGGACCAUGGACCUGGAGAAGUUCUACCGAGAAGAUCAUGCCUUCUACAAGGUCAUAAUAAUUCUACAAGGCGAUUUCAACGCCAAAGUUGGCCCAAGAAGAACGCCGAAGUUCCUGUAAUGAAAUAG